AUGUCAAGUCCAAAAGUGAUUUUAACAUCUUCCGAUGGUGAAAAAUUUCCAACCGAUCCAAAGGUUGCUGAAAAAUCUAUUUUAAUCAAAAACAUGAUUGUUGAUUUGAGUCCUGAUGGAUUGGAAGAAGAUUUCGAAAUUCCUGUUCCUAAUGUUAGAGCCACUGUUUUACAGAAAGUAUUGGAUUGGUGUGAACAUCACAAAAACACUAUUUUUCCUGAAGAUGAAGAUGAAGAUACUAAAAAGACCACUCCAGUUGAUGAAUGGGAUAGAAAUUUCUUAAAAGUUGACCAAGAAAUGUUAUACGAAAUCAUUUCCGCCGCUAAUUAUUUGAACAUCAAACCCUUAUUAGACGCUGGUUGUAAAACUGUUGCUGAAAUGAUCAGAAACAAAUCGCCAGAAGAAUUAAGAAAGAUUUUUAAUAUAGUCAAUGACUUUACUCCUGAAGAAGAAGCUGCUAUCAGAAGGGAAAAUGAAUGGGCUGAAGAUCGUUAA